GGCUUGAAAGCAGUAAAGCUGACUCUGCUCUAACCACAGGAAACCUGCUCGAAGAAUCUUGGGCUCCCUGUGCUAUGAUUCGAAAAAUGGCUGCAAAGGCUCUUAGAUUCAUUGACAUUGGAGUGAAUUUGACAGAUCCAGUGUUCAGAGGUCUUUAUCGUGGAAAGCAAGCACAUGCAGAUGAUUUCAGUGAUGUAUUGGAAAGGGCAUCCAAAAUAGGAAUGAAAAAGAUGAUUAUAACUGGAGGAAAUUUAGAAGAGAGUGCAAAAGCACUAGAGUUAGCGAAAACACAUGAUUCUCUUCAUUGUACUGUUGGAUGUCAUCCGACGCGCUGUGGAGAAUUUGAAAGUGAAGGAGCAAAUCCUGAUGAAUACCUGAAUAAACUCAUUUCUCUUGCACAAGAAAACAAAGGRAAAGUAGUUGCUCUUGGAGAGUGUGGACUGGAUUUUGACAGACUUCACUUCUGUUCUAAAGAACUUCAACUAAAGUAUUUUGAGAAGCAGUUUGAACUAACUGAAGCAGUUAAAUUACCAGUCUUCUUUCAUUCAAGAAGUUCACACCAAGAUUUUAUUGACAUAAUCAAGAGAAAUAGAGAUCRUUUUGUUGGUGGAGUGGCACACUGUUUCACUGGAACGAAAGAAGAAGCUAAAGAUUAUAUCGACCAAGGGCUAUACAUCGGUAUUACAGGAUGUUCGUUGAAGACGGCGGAUAAUAUUGAAGUUAUGAGGACGAUUCCUUCGGAAAGACUUCUCAUUGAAACAGAUGCUCCUUGGUGUGAUAUACGACCAACACAUGCUGGAUUUAAGCACAUACAAACUACAUUUGAAUCGAAGAAGAAAGAGCGCUUUGAAAAGGGCCUCUGCGUCAAAGGUCGAAACGAACCAGCAAACAUUAUACAAGUUCUGGAAGUUGUGGCGGCUAGUCGCGGUGAAGAUCUAUAUUCCCUGGUAGAAAUUAUUUAUGAAAACACAGAAAAACUGUUUUUUAGCUAAUUCCUAGUCAAUUGCAAAAAUAAAGCUGUAUAAACAAAAGAAAGCACAACUGUUGGGGGUACGCGCGGUGAGGUUAAUAUUGAAGGUAACGUGAUACCCAGGCACAAAAACAAAGUC